AUGGAGGCCUUCUUCUGGCUCUACCUCUCCUCGGCCGCCCUCCUCUACAUCGUCUCCGGCUCAUUGCUACUCGCCACCAUCAUCCAGCUACGCCUCCGCGAGAAGUAUUCGGUCUUUGCGGUAAAAUUCCUGAUCGACCUUAUCACAGCUUCCUCACUGCUGGUGAUGGCUUUUCUCGAUAAGGAGGACGAAAAGCAGUGCGGUAUCGUGCAGGUGAUAUCGUCAAGUGUGCCGUUAGUGCAGUGCCUUCUGUUAAUGUGCGAGGUGAUCGACUGGUCGUUGGCCGCUUUUUCGCCUAUUUAUUUCCAUCAAUCCUCGCUGUUUUGUCGGAUACUGCCGUUCCUUAUUGGGGCCCUGUUUUCCGUCAUAAUUAUGGCGUGUCUGGUAGUGAUCGAUAUCGAGACGGACGGCUCUUGCGUGGCUGAUGCAAAUACUGCGAUUCUAACCGCCUACGACAUGACGCUAAUCCUGGCGGUGGCGUGCGCCGUCGUGCUGGGCGUGUUGUUAAAGAAGCAGCUAAACUCCGCGUUUUUCAGACCGGUUGUGUUUCACUUCGUCGCUACCAUCCUCCUACUCAUCGCUCCGAUUACAGUAGUCAUCGUGUUAAAAUAUAACCACCUGCACGGCUCGCGGCUGGCCUGUGACAUCACGAACAUGAUGGUAUUCGUCCAUUCCAUCGUCCACUCCGGGUAUUUCAUCUACAAUCAUGAGGAUGUCAGGCAAGGCCUCAUCGCCACUUUCUGCAAAUGCCGCGUGUUGACAGCCAUCCGGAGAAGGUCUUGCGUCGCCCAGCUGUACACCUGCGUAUUCUGCCGUAAUGUU